AUGAAAAUGACUGACGCCAGGGGAUAUAGUCAUGAUGUCUUUUACCUCCCCAGAGACAAGAGACCGCUUCACGACACCAAAUUCGGCGAUCCUGUCAGCCUUUCGGAUAUUCUUGGCAAAGGCCAUCUCAAACGCCAGUACGACAAACUGUGCAGCAAGAAGCUAUCGAUGAUCCGAUUGUCCAGACUUAUCGCCGAGGCGGUCUUGAGAUUCGAUCUGCGGGACCGGGAUCCGAGUCCGGAACACAGUGUUGUCGUUUACAUAUCCCCCGAGAACGACCUUGCGCCAUUCCUGGAGAGGGUCCUCACGAGAGCAAAAAUGCCAUCGAUUGCGGCUGAAGACGACGACAAUGCUUCUCAGCAAAGGUCUCUGCAGUUGCUCAAGCUCGGUGAGAUUCUUCUACAGCUGGGGCUUCCUAAGCCACAACGAGUGAGAAGCCCGCCCUUGGAACCAAAAGACCGCAGGAUAUUCAUCAAGUCGGCUGUGUCGGGUGUCCGCUCCAAUAUAAACAACGCCUUCUCCGAUGUCAUCAUCUCGUGCGUUAAACUCUCGGCUAGAUACGAAGACACAAGCAAGUGGCCCGAAGAGAAUUUUAAUCAAAGGUUUUAUAGGAAUAUCGUGCAGCCGCUCAAGGAUAUUGAAAGGAAUCUAUCGCAGUAUCAAAUAGCCAAAUAUUGA